AUGCAAUUCCCAAUUCAACCCUCCUCGAGAAAUAAGUUACGAUUGGAUAUUGCCAUUGGAUCUCUACUUUUCGUCAUCUUCAUUCUUAUCAUUGCACGCGUGACCAACAAAGGCACCCCCUCUACAAGAGCUAACACAUGGGGCAUCGCAGUGUGUCUGAAAUCAGCUGUCUCGCUAGCUUACCAAGUCGUGACUGUUCAUGUCGAGCGGUUCAAAAGAUGGGGGAGCUCCAAAGCCAACAAAAUUCUUGCUGUCAUCGACACUAUCUUCUGGUUCGCACUAUUUAUCAUAACGAUAAUUGCAACACAGGGUUCGCAUAAUGUAAGCAGUCGGGCAUUAGGAGCUAUAAUUGCCAUCUUGGCCGUGUGCUAUAUUUGCUUUCGCAUUCCGAGUUAUUUCAAACUUCAUGGUACGCUCCCUGAUGAAGGAGGGAUUAAGAGCUCAGGAAAUGUUUAA